AGUCACACCUUCGCGUUUUGACGGCGAGUCCUUUUUGUCCCUUACUGCGUUCCGUGUCGCUUCCCCGCGGACGUGCUGGCUGCGAAGCAAGAUGGCAGCCACUGCGGCAGUGCCUGGCUUUGGGGCCGGCCGAGCGAACAAACGCGGGGGCGGCCCGGGCGGCGGUGGAACCCAAGGUACGGAGGAGGAACCGCCGCCGCCCCUCCAGGCAGUUCUAGUAGCCGAUAGCUUCAACCGCCGUUUCUUCCCCAUCUCCAAGGACCAGCCUCGGGUCCUCUUGCCCCUGGCCAAUGUUGCACUAAUUGACUAUACUCUGGAAUUCCUGACUGCCACAGGUGUACAGGAAACAUUUGUCUUUUGCUGCUGGAAGGCCGCUCAGAUCAAAGAACACUUACAGAAAUCCAAGUGGUGCCAUCCUACAUCCCUCAAUGUUGUUCGAAUAAUCACAUCAGAGCUAUACCGAUCACUAGGAGAUGUCCUCCGUGAUGUUGAUGCCAAAGCCUUGGUGCGCUCUGACUUUCUCCUGAUAUAUGGAGAUGUCAUCUCAAAUAUCAAUAUUUCCAGAGCCCUGGAGGAGCACAGGUUAAGAAGGAAGCUAGAAAAAAAUGUCUCUGUUAUGACCAUGAUCUUCAAAGAGUCGUCCCCCAGCCACCCCACACGCUGCCAUGAGGACAAUGUGGUCAUAGCUGUGGACAGCACCACAGAUAGGAUUCUUCACUUCCAGAAGACCCAAGGCCUGCGGCGUUUUUCAUUUCCUUUGAGCCUGUUCCAGGGCAGUCGAGACGGAGUGGAGAUUCGAUAUGAUUUGUUGGAUUGUCACAUCAGCAUCUGCUCUCCUCAGGUAGCUCAACUCUUCACAGACAAUUUUGACUACCAAACUCGAGAUGACUUUGUACGAGGCCUAUUAGUGAACGAGGAGAUCCUAGGAAACCAGAUUCACUUGCAUGUGACAACUAGGGAAUAUGGUGCCCGAGUCUCCAACCUACACAUGUAUUCAGCUAUUUGUGCUGAUGUUAUCCGCCGAUGGGUCUAUCCUCUCACUCCAGAAGUAAACUUCACUGACAGCACCACACAGAGCUACACUCAUUCCCGACACAACAUCUACCGAGGGCCUGAAGUCAGCCUGGGCCAUGGCAGCGUCCUGGAGGAAAACGUGCUUCUGGGAGCUGGCACUGUCAUUGGUAGCAACUGCUCCAUCACCAACAGUGUCAUUGGCCCUAACUGCCACAUUGGUGAUAAUGUGGUACUGGACCAGGCCUACCUGUGGCAGGGAGUUCGAGUGGCUGCUGGAGCAGAAGUACACCAGUCUCUGCUCUGUGACAGAGCUGAGGUCAAGGAGCGAGUCAAGCUGAAGCCACAUUGUGUCCUCACUUCCCAGGUGGUAGUGGGCCCAGAUAUCACGCUGCCUGAGGGCUCGGUGAUCUCUUUGCACCCUCCAGAUGCAGAGGAAGAUGAAGAUGAUGGCCAGUUUAGUGAUGAUUCUGGAGCUGACCAAGAAAAGGAGAAAGUGAAGCUGAAAGGUUACAAUCCAGCAGAAGUUGGCCUUGAAGGCCAGGGAUACCUCUGGAAAGCGGAGGAUGUGAACACGGAGGAAGAUGAGGAGCUACGACAGAGUCUCUGGGGACUCACGAUCAAUAUGGAGGAAGAAAGUGAGACUGAAAGUGAGCGCAGUGUGGAUCCUGAGGAGCUGGACAGCCGAGCAGGCUCCCCUCAGCUGGAUGACAUCCGAGUUUUCCAGAACGAGGUCCUGGGAACGCUACAGCGGGGCAGAGAGGAGAACAUCUCCUGUGACAAUCUAGUCCUGGAGAUUAACUCUCUCAAGUAUGCCUACAACAUUAGCCUAAAGGAAGUGAUGCAGGUCCUGAGCCGUGUAGUCCUGGAGUUCCCCCUGCAACAAGUAGAUGGCCUGCUUGACCCAAACCGCUACUGUGCCCUGCUGCUUCCUCUGCUCAAAGCCUGGAGCCCUGUUUUCAGGAACUACAUAAAGCGUGCAGCUGACCAUUUGGAAGCAUUGGCAGCCAUUGAGGACUUCUUCUUGGACCAUGAAACUCUUGUUACUUCCAUGGCCAAGGUCCUGAUGGGUUUCUACCAGCUAGAGAUCUUGGCUGAGGAAACAAUCUUGAGCUGGUUCAGCCAAAGAGACAUAACUGACAAAGGCCAGCAGUUGCGUAAGAAUCAACAGCUGCAGAGGUUCAUCCAGUGGCUGAAAGAGGCAGAAGAGGAGUCGUCGGAAGAUGACUGAUGUUGACUGCCUGAUGUUGACUGCCAGAUCCAUGCAUCUCAUUGGCUGUGCUCCUAAGAGGGGGCAGAGCAAGAAAGCUAGCUACAGACUGAGAAUUAAUGGAAAGGAAGUUGCAACUACAGUAUUCUUCCUCCUGCUGGCAAUGAUGUGCUGUUCGUCCUAACUGAAGUUAGGAUGAGGGAAGUUAGACUGAACUAGGGGAAAUCUAGACAGACUCUGCAAUUGGGGGUUGGCCAGAGGAAGCACUGUGUGUUCCAGCUUUCCCUCAGGGAACAGUAAAGAGCAGCUGGUCCUCUCUUGUUUGCAUUUGUUAACAUUACAAAGAAGAGUGAAUUGGGCUUCAGGAUCUCCUCAUGAUCAGCCAGGUAAGAAAGUAUGUGCACUCACUUAGCUGCUUUUAGCCAACACCUGGAGGGGAGGGAGAAGGGUUAAGGUGGCCACAAGGUGGUGCUAUGCUACCUAAUUUUUUUCCAUUCUCCUGGCUCUUGGGACAUGAAUGGCUGGCUGAGCUGCCUUCCCAAGCCCCAUAGACCAGUCUGUGACCAUGCAGUGGAACACCAGAGCCUAUUUCCAUAGCUUUUCCUGGUCUGAACAUUCUUCAGGUCACCCGAGAGUGAUGGUGCCAGGCAUACUUGAAGCCAUCUGCUACUCCUCUUGCCUUUUCCAGUUGACCCACUUCUGCUUCUGUCAGACACUAGGUCACAUUCAUCUUAAAGGAUAAGGAAAUCCACCUGCUGUGCUAGUACACACCUUUAAUCUCAGUACCCAGGAGGCAGAGGUAGGCAGAUCUCUGUGAGUUCAGGGCCUGGUCUAUAAGACUUUCUAAACAGUGGGGGCUACACAGAGAAACCCUCUGUGUAUGGGUGGGAGACAGAGGAGAGGUGGCUAAAGAAAUGUUCUGAGAUGUUAUGAAUCUUGCAGGGCGUAACUAAGAACUUUAACCUUAGAGAA